AUGAAGGCAGAUGACAAGUGCGGGGUCUGUGGCGGCGACAACUCCCACUGCAGGACUGUGAAGGGGACACUGGGCAAGGCAUCCAAGCAAGCAGAGUCAGGCAGUGUGGAUGCUCUGUCCUAUGCCAUCUCCUCCAUUUUCCCCCAGAUGCUCCCCCCAGCUGAGGGAGGCCCCCGCAGCAACCUGGCCUACAAGUAUGUCAUCCACGAGGACCUGCUGCCCCUUAUUGGGAGCAACAAUGUGCUCCUGGAGGAGACGGACACCUACGAGUGGGCACUCAAGAGCUGGGCCCCCUGCACCAAGGCCUGCGGAGGAGGUAUCCAGUUCACAAAGUAUGGCUGUCGGCGCCGACGAGACCACCACAUGGUACAGCGGCACCUGUGUGACCACAAAAAGAGGCCCAAGCCCAUCCGCCGGCGCUGCAACCAGCACCAGUGCCCCCAGCCAGAGUGGGUGUUGGAGGAGUGGAGCACCUGUAGCCGGAGCUGUGGGAAACUGGGGGUGCAGACUCGGGGGGUACAAUGCCUGCUGCCCCUCUCCAAUGGUACCCAUAAGACCAUGCCAGCCAAGGCCUGCCCCGGGGACCGGCCUGAGGCCCGGCGGCCCUGCCUCCGAGUGCCCUGCCCAGCCCCGUGGCGGACGGGAGCCUGGUCCCAGUGCUCUGCCACCUGCGGAGAGGGCAUCCAGCAGCGGCAGGUGGUGUGCCGGACCAAUGCCAACAGUCUCCGGCAGUGCGAGGGGGAUAAGCCAGACACCAUCCAGGUCUGCAGCCUGCCUGCCUGCGGAGGAAAUCUCCAGAACUCUACAUUGAGGGCUGAUGUUCGGGAACCUGUGACUCCAGAGGGGCAGCCACAAUCUGGGCCCCUAUAUCCUCUUAACAAGAUAUCAACAGAGCCCUGCGUGGGGGACAGGUCCAUCUUCUGCCAGAUGGAAGUGCUUGACCGCUACUGCUCCAUCCCCGGCUACCACCGGCUGUGCUGUGAGUCCUGUACCAAGAAGUCCUCAGGCCUUGACGCCAGCCCGGAACCCACUCUGGCCUCACCAUCACCAUUCUCUACUCCUGGGAGCCCCUUACCAGGAUCCAAGGCCCCCAAAGGUGCUGUUGAACUCACUGUGGGGCCAAUGGGCUCAACCAACCAUCCACAUGGCCGACCCACACAGCUCCCAGGACCACUGGGCACGCUCCCCCCAGUGACUCAGCACCACUUCGCUCCCCAGAAACUCAGCCCUGGAGCAUUGAAGGGCACUUCUGCUAGCACCACCCAGUUGCUGCCUUGGGGCUGGACCACUGGUGCACCUACAGCGGCCUCAGAGGAUAAAGAGCAGCUCAGGGAAGACCCGAAACAUUCAGGCACCAGCCUUCCUGCCACCUCCCCAGUGACAUGAGCCCUACCUUGCCAAUCCCGCCAGUCAAGUUUACACUCUGUGUGCCCCAAGACCCCCAGCUCAGAGGACACACCGUGGGGCAGGGACAACCACAGACUUCCUUUUAAAUUAUUUGCCUUCUUGUUGUUCUAGUUUGGGGCUGUGAUACUUUUCACCCAUGGAGUGGGUGUGCGAGGAAGAAAAAGAUCAGGGAAAGCCUUAACUCAACAUACCUCAGCAAGCAGCCCAGGAGACCGAGGUGAACCUCUCAGGGCUCCUGUCUGUCUCCCCUGCCAGGACUGAGGGCCAGCUAACAACCCCUCCUCACAGCCACUGGGUCCCAUACUAGACCUGUCUGCUGCCUGCCUUCACCAGAAUUUGUGGGAUUCCUGUGGAGGCCUUAUCUACCUGGCUCCUCUGCCCAGAGAGGCAAAGCAGAGCCAGGGAAGGUGAGGGGGGUGCCUGCAGGGCAGUCCAAGAGAAAGGGAGCUGGGGGUAAGUGUGGUCAUAAGGCUUCGGUUACAGGGCUGAGGUGAGUAGGAAGCAAGUUCAUCUCAGGCCCAGCUCUUUGUAGCGAGAGUUCCAUGCAGCUCCUGCAGCCAAGGCCAAGGCGCAGAGUCCAGCUUGCUUUCACUGGCUGGAGGGCAGUGUUGGUGGCCACCUUCGCCCCUGCAGACAGCACUUGCUAUUACUUCUGGGGCCUCCAGGUUACAGAUGGGCCUCCCAGCUUCACCCCAGCCCAUCCAAGAAGGGAGCUCUGGACACUCUAGAACAGGUAUCCUCCUUAUCCAGGCGUUUCCCAACUGGUGCUAGAGCCCUGGCUGGACCAGAAAUGGCAACUUUGUCCUCACUUGGGGGUAGGAAAGGAUCCAGCCUGGAAGGGGUCUUUGUGAGACACAGGUUGUGCCCUGUCAAUCAUUGCCUUCCACCCAAGACCAUUCCUGCGGGAGUCAGGGGUCUUCUUUCCCCACGUGACUCAAGCUGGGCCAGAUGGUGGUGCUGAUGGUGGUGGUGGUGGUGUUGGGGGUGUGCAUGACCGAGGGCUGAGGACCAGAGUCUAUUUAAAGUCGGGCCGUGGAGAUGACAAGGGCCACCCAAGACAGGAUGUGAGCCUCUGCCCCAUUCUGGAGUGGGGAGGAGGCACUGACCCACAGCACUAUGGGGGCCUCAGACUGCCCCCCUUGCUACCUCCAAGGGCAGGUGAUUUCCCUAGACCCUCUGGCUCUCUUCAAGCCAUCUGAAUCCCCCAGAUCCAUCCCAGGGGUCCUCACUCCAAGUCGUGCAGAGGGUCUCCCCGAUUCCUCAGCAGGUGACAUAGGUGCUUGCCAGUUCUUCCUUCCCAGGGGCAAGGGGCUGUUCUGAGCCAGCCUAGAGGAAUAGGAGCAGUGGGCCAGCCUGCACGCACCUGGAGAAGAGAGCCCUCCCUAGAUGGGGUUCCCAGGUGCCCUGUCCACCUGCUGCCCGCCCCUCCCUGGAUACUGGGGCACACACUGAAUCAUUCCUGAGACCCAGCCUGCCUGUGUUAAGGGGUGUAAACUCUGUGCCUUUGAGAUCCAGAUCUUUAAAUUUUUAUGUAUUUAUUAACAUUGUCCUUGGUGCUUUGUUUUGGACC